AUUUUCACUUUUUAAAAUGGCAGAAGCCAAUGUUUCACUGGCUCAGGAUGAGUUCAGCUGUUCAGUCUGCCUGGAUCUCCUGAAGGAUCCAGUUACUAUUCCCUGUGGACACAGUUUCUGUAUGGUGUGUAUUAACAAGUUCUGGGAUCAGGAGGAUCAGAAGAAGAUCUACAGCUGCCCUCACUGCAGACACACCUUCACCUCAAGACCUGUCGUGAGUAAAAACACCAUGCUGGCUGAGGUGGUGGAGAAACUGAAGAAGACGAGACUCCAGGCUGCUCCUCCUGAUCACUCUUCUGCUGAUCCUGAAGAUGUGGAGUGUGAUUCCUGUACUGGGAGAAAACACAAAGCCGUCCAGUCCUGCCUGGUGUGUCUGGCCUCUUUCUGUGAAGCUCACCUCCAGCCUCACUACCAAUCUCCAGCCUUUAAGAAGCACAAGCUGGUCAAAGCCUCCAGACGACUCCAGGAGCAGAUCUGCUCUCAGCACGAUAAACUGCUGGAGGUUUACUGUCACACCGACCAGCAGUGUAUCUGCAUGCUGUGUACCAUGGAUGACCAUAAAGCACAUGAUACAGUGUCACUUAAAGCAGAAAGAUCUGAGAAACAGAAGCAGGUGGUGGAAACACAGAGGAAAUACAAGAAGAGAAUCCAGGAGAGAGAGAAGGAGCUUCAGGAGUUAAUAGAAGCUGUGGAGACUCACAAGCGCUCUGCUCAGACAGCAGUGGAGGACAGUGAGAAGAUCUUCACUGAGAUGAUCCUCUCCAUUGAGAGAAGUCGCUCUGAGGUGAGGCAGAUGAUCAGUGAUCAGGAGAAAGCUGCAGUGAGUGAAGCUGAAGAACGUCUGAAGAGACUGGAGCAGGAGAUCACAGAGCUGAAGAGGAGAGAUGCUGAUCUGGAGAAGCUUUCAUUCACAGAGGAUCACAUCCAUUUCCUCCAGAGUUUUCAGACUCUCUCAGCUCCUCCUGGAUCUUCAGCAUCACCUGCUUUUACUCUCAGUCCUCUCAACACUUUUGAAGUUGUUAUGAAGUCUGUUUCUCAGCUGAGAGGAAAACUAGACGAAUUCUGGAAAGAGGAAUUUGAGAAGACAUCAGCUGCAGUGAAGGAAGUGCAGAUCAUUCUUCCUCCUGAACUCAAAAGAGAAGAGUUUCUGCAGUAUUCCUGUCAGCUCACACUGGAUCCAGACACAGCCAAUAAUUACCUCCUCCUGUCUGAGAGGAACACAGUGGUGACCGGCAGCAACACAGUCCAGCCAUAUUGGAUAUAUAAAUUGGGCAUUGUUAUGUGGCCUCAGGUUCUGUGUAGAGAGAGUGUGAGUGGACGCUGCUACUGGGAGGUUGAGUGGAGAGGAGAUGGAGGGGUUGGUAUAGCAGUGUCUUAUAAAAGCAUCUGCAGGGAGGGAGGAGGCGGGGAGUGUGUGUUUGGUAAUAGUGAUCAGUCUUGGAGAUUGUUCUGUGAUUCCUCCAGAUACACAUUCAGAUACAAUAACAGAGAUACUGUAAUCUCCGGAGUGCCCGUCUCCUCUAGAAUAGGAGUGUAUGUGGAUCACAGGGCAGGAACUCUGUCCUUCUACAGCAUCUCUGAUACCAUGACCCUCAUCCACAGAGUCCAGACCACCUUCACUCAGCCGCUCUACGCUGGGUUUUUGUUAGACUUCGACUCAUCAGUAAAUCUUUUACUUUCAGCAAAAUAGAUGAACAUGCAGAACAAAGAGAAGAGCUGGAUGAGAUCAGAUAAGAACUGCAGAAUCUAGACUGUAGAGCUGAUCAAAUAAAGUUAUAAUAGUGCUGGGAGAUAUUGUAAACUUAAAU